AUGGCCAUAAAAAAGAUGGAACUAACACCAAUAUUGCUUCUUGCUUUCAUUCUUGUGCUAAGUGUUUGUCAAACUUCAGCACAUAAAUACCAAGAAUUCACAGCUACAAAUGAUGAGCUAGAAGAUGAGAGUAGCUUAUUGACUUACAUUGUUCACGUCAAAAAACCUUCUCUCCAAUCUAAGGAGAGUUUGCAUGGUUGGUACCAUUCACUCUUGCCAUCCACUACAAUAACUCAGAACCAGAAGCGCAUUAUUUUUUCAUACCAAAACAUAGUUGAUGGUUUUGCCGUGAAGUUGACUCCGGAUGAAGCCAAGGCUUUAGAAGAGAAGGACGAGGUUCUGUCAGCUCGACCGGAGAAAAUCCUUUCGUUACACACAACUCAUACUCCAAGCUUCUUAGGGUUGCAACAAAGUCAGGAGUUAUGGAAGGGUUCUGAUCUUGGUAAAGGGAUCAUAAUUGGAAUCCUGGACACUGGUAUAUACCCUUUCCAUCCUUCUUUUUCCGAUGAAGGAAUGUCGUCUCCACCUGCAAAGUGGAAUGGCCAUUGUGAAUUCACAGGGAAGAGGAUAUGUAACAACAAGAUCAUUGGAGCGAGGAACUUCAUAAAAAAUUCAUCUCUUCCGUUUGAUGACAUUGGCCAUGGAACUCACACGGCUAGCACAGCCGCGGGAAGGCCAGUGCAAGGUGCCAAUGUCUUUGGCAAUGCUAAUGGCACAGCAACUGGCAUGGCACCAGAUGCACACUUGGCAAUUUACAAAGUAUGCAACAUCAACGGUUGCACCGAAAGCGCAAUACUAGCUGGAAUGGACGCUGCAGUUGAGGAUGGUGUUGAUGUACUUUCACUCUCUCUUGGAAUACCUUCCACUCCUUUCUUUGAAGACGGAAUCGCACUUGGUGCAUUUAGUGCAAUUCAAAAGGGAAUUUUUGUUAGUUGUUCAGCAGGAAAUUCAGGUCCACUGUAUGGUACAUUGUCCAAUGAAGCACCAUGGAUUCUAACAGUUGGUGCUAGCACAAUUGACAGAAAAAUAGAAGCAUACGCUAAGCUUGGAAAUGGAGCGGAAUAUCUCGGAGAAUCAGUUUUCCAACCAAAAGACUUUGCAUCAACACUAUUGCCACUUGUGUAUGCAGGUGCACUUAACACAAGUGAUGAUUCCAUUCUCUUUUGUGGUCCAACUUCCUUGAAGAACAUUGAUGUCAAAGGAAAGGUAGUUUUGUGUGAGCUAGGUGGUAUUGUUGCAAGAAUAGCCAAAGGUCAAGCAGUUAAGGAUGCUGGUGGUGCUGCCAUGAUCCUCAUGAAUAGCGAAAAUCACGCUUUCAAUCCAAUUGCAGAUGUUCAUGUUCUACCUGCAGUUGAUGUAAGUUUCUCAGCUGGUUCAUCCAUCAAAGAUUAUAUAAACUCAACUUCAACACCAACGGCCACAAUUUUAUUCCAAGGAACUGUUAUUGGAAAUCCAUUAGCCCCUCAAGUUGCUUCAUUCUCAUCAAGAGGACCAAGCAAAGCGAGCCCCGGAAUUCUGAAACCAGACAUAAUUGGACCUGGAUUGAACAUUCUAGCAUCAUGGCCUGUUUCAUUAGACAAUAGUACUCAAGGGUUUAACAUAAUUUCAGGUACCUCCAUGUCUUGUCCUCAUCUCACCGGCAUUGCAGCGCUGUUGAAAAACUCUCAUCCAGAUUGGUCACCAGCCGCUAUAAAAUCAGCAAUCAUGACAACUGCAAAUAAGGUUAAUCUUCAUGGAAAACCUAUUUUGGAUCAAAGACUUCUACCAGCUGAUGUAUUUGCGACCGGUGCAGGACAUGUUAACCCUUCGAAAGCAAAUGAUCCAGGACUUGUUUAUGACAUUGAAACAAAUGAUUAUAUUCCUUACUUGUGCGGUUUGAAUUACACUGAUAAACAAGUUGGACUUAUUUUGCAACAGAAAGUGAAAUGCUCUGAGGUAAAGAGUAUACCACAAGCACAACUUAACUAUCCAUCGUUUUCGAUUCAGCUGGGAUCUGCGUCACAGUUUUAUACAAGAACACUGACAAAUGUUGGACCUGUUAACACAACUUAUAAUGUGGUAAUUGAUGUUCCUUUGGCAGUUGGUGUGAGUGUAAGUCCAUCUCAAAUAACAUUCAAUGAGGUGAAGCAAAAGGUUACAUAUUUUGUUGGUUUUAUACCUGAAGACAAAGAGAAUAGAGGUGAUAACAUGAUUGUUCAAGGGUCUAUCAACUGGGUUUCUGGAAAAUAUUCUGUUAGCAUUCCUAUAUCGGUUGUCUUUAUGUGA